UAUAUCCGAACAAAUAGAUAACAAAACUUCAAACUAAAACAUCUCAUCUCAUCUCUACUCUAGAGUAGUCAUUCCGGCAUCUUCUCCGACGACUUUCCGGCGAGCUUGUUCAUCCGAGUCCACGACGAUGACGAGAACAGUAUGAAGAACAACAAUCGGCGAUGAUGUCAGUCUCGUUCUCCUCCUCCUCCGACUGCUUCUCCGACGACCUACUUUGCGGCGAGGACUCCUCCGAAAUCUUAUCGGACGACUCGCCGGAAUGCUACUACCUCGAAUCGCCGGCCGAUAUCGAAGAAUCCAUCGCCGGAUUCAUCGAAGACGAGAGGAACUACGUGCCUGGAAUCGACUAUCUCGAAAGGUUUCAAUCUCAGCCGUUGGAUGCUUCGGCUCGAGCAAGAUCUGUUGCUUGGAUUCUCAAGGUGCAAGCUUACUAUGGAUUCCAGCCGUUAACGGCGUAUCUCUCCGUCAACUACUUAGAUCGUUUCAUGUAUUCUCGCCGUCUGCCGCAAACAAACGGGUGGCCAUUGCAACUCUUAUCUGUUGCUUGCUUGUCAUUAGCCGCUAAGAUGGAGGAACUUCUGGUUCCUUCGCUUUUGGAUCUUCAGGUGGAAGGUGCAAAGUAUAUUUUUGAACCAAGGACAAUCCGGCAGAUGGAGCUUCUUGUACUUGGUGUUCUGGAUUGGAAGCUACGAUCCAUUACGCCAUUCAGUUUUGUCAGCUACUUUGCAUGCAAGCUAGAUUCAACAGGAACUUUUUCUGGGCUUCUGAAAUCAAGGGCUACACAAAUCAUCCUGUCCUAUAUCCAAGAGGCUAGUUUUCUGGAGUACUGGCCGUCAUGCAUUGCUGCUGCAGCCAUUCUUUGUGCAGCCCAUGAGAUUCCAAACUCUGCUCUUGUUAAUCCUGCACAUGCUGAAUCAUGGUGUGAAGGACUUAGUAAAGAGAAAAUCAACAGUUGCUACCAGUUAAUGCAAGAAGCCGCGGUUGAUAAUAGGCGAAGGAAGCCUCCAAAAGUCUUACCACAACUCCAAGUUAUGACUCAGGCCACAACUGGGUCAAGUGACUCGUCAUCCUCAUCCUCAACACCAUCAUCUUACAAAAGGAGGAAAUUAAAUAAUAGCUUGUGGGUAGAAGAUGACAAAGGAAGCUCUGAUUGAGGGAAAAGAAUAAGAAAGAAAAUAAUAGAAGUGGCCCAAGUUGUCUAGAAUCCUCAAUAGUUUGUGGAGGGCUUUGGUUCAUCAAUAAAAAAUUUCUUUUGCUGAUCAAAAGAAAAAAAAAAAAAAGGGGGAAAAAAACAAAUGACUUUGAGUGCUGUAGAUUAGUAUAUAAUAAUAUCUGUAUGUAGGGAGUUUUGGAGAUUUGUUAAAAAAAAAAAAUUGGCGGGCAUUGCCAUUGAUUACUGGCUUUGCUUUGCAGAUUCCCAAUGGAGGGAGAUUUGGUACAUAAUGUAUAAUUUGUGAGAAAGUGUGGUAGAGAGAGAGAGAGAGAAGAUUGUUUAAUAAUGGAGUCAUGGAGCUGUGUGAAAGAAAUGUGGGGGUUGAUUGAGGAAUUCAAAGGCAGGCAUUGAUUAUUGAAUGAAAAGGGGACCCAUAGCAGAGAAGAUUGGAAGUUAAAAGGGCAGAGAAAAUCAAUGGGUUUGGCAAAGAUAAGGCAUUGAAGUUUAAAGUUUGAGCUGUACUCAUGGGAUACAUAAGUCAAGUUUCCCAUCUAGACCACCAUCAUUGCCUCUACUCUUAAGUCCUACCUUUGAGAAAGAAUGAGAGAGAAAAGAAGAACCCUACUAAAAAUACAGAAAUUGAUACACAUAGAUUUUGUGUGCUAUUUCUGUGUACAUAACAAGACUUGGAGAAGAAUAAAAUACACUUGCGAGUGGCAUGUGUGUAUGUGUGCUUUUUUGGCGGGAAUUGCCUCUUGUCCUAACCGUGAUGGACCUUUUUCUUUUUCUUUUUCUUUUUCUUCUUCUUUUUUGAGAGUGCUCUUCGCACGUGUAAUGGUUACAUGUGUGAAAUUCUUUUUCUUUUUUUAAUGGCCUAAAUUUGGCCUAACUAUACAAAGGUCUUUGGGGCCUUGUUCUUGCGUGUUGUAUUUAGAUUCAUCAAUACAAUUUUGUAUCACAUAUUAUAUAUUAGUUCA